UUUUCUCAAUCACAAUACAGCUUUUGUGUCUCACAGAAACUAUGGAUCAAAAGGAUAUACCACUGUGGAAGACUGACAUGAUCUUCUUCCUUCUCCUCUUUCCAAUACCUCUCUUCUUUCGUUACAUCAAGCAUGUAUUCUCUAAAAAUCCACCACUCCCACCAGGUCCAUUUUCAUGGCCUAUUAUAGGGAACAUUCACCAAAUGGGAAGGGAGCUCCAUUCCAUAUUAGCUAACUUAGCUAGAGUUCAUGGUCCCCUUAUGUCGCUGCGGCUCGGCACCCAAACUAUUAUAGUUGCAUCAUCUCCAGCAGCUGCAAGAGAAAUUCUUAAGACUCAUGACAAAACUUUGUCAGGCAGGCCGCUUUCACAUGCCACUCCAGUCAUAAACCCAACACUCAACAACUUCUCAAUUGGAUUUGCUAUCGAGUGCAAUGAUCAUUGGAGGCGCCUGAGGGCUAUUUGUAAAGCUGAGCUUUUUUCAGCCAAAGCAUUGGAAUCUAAAAAGAUGUCAAGAGAGAAGAAGGUGAUGGAGUUGAUAGGCUUCUUGGGUUCUAAGGAAGGUAAGGUUGUGAAUCUUGGAGAGGUAGUUUAUAUUACUGUUACUGAUAUCUUGAGUAAUGCAUUAUUUUCAGUAGACUUCUUAGAUUUUGAAGGUCAAGGUAUUGGAAAAGAAUUAAGGAAACUUUUAACGGAAGAUGCAGAAUUGGGUAUUACUGUAAAUUUAUCAGAUUUGUAUCCGAUAUUGAGUGGAUUAGAUUUUCAAGGUAUAAGAAAGAAAAGUAAGGAAAUACUUGGAAAACUUAUUACUAUUUGGGAGGAUAUUAUCAAAGAAAGGCGGAAACAAGAAAGUGUGAUUUCAGAUCAAAGCGAUUUCUUAGAUGCUUUGAUUAAAGAUGGUUAUACUAAUGAUCAAAUUAAUCAAUUGAUUGUGGAGCUAUUUAUAGCUGGCAUCGACACUAGUAUCAUUGCAAUUGAGUGGGGAGUAGCGAAUUUGAUGAAAAAUCAAGAUGCCAUGCAUAAACUUCGUGAUGAACUUGACCGUGAAAUUGGCACUGAUAACGUAAAAGAAUCGCAUUUAGCCCAUCUUCCCUACCUACAAGCUUGUGUCAAUGAGACACUGAGAUUGCAACCACCAGGACCGCUACUUCUUCCUCAUCGUGCCUUACAAACAUGCCAAGUGAUGGGCUACACAGUUCCUAGAGACUCUCAAAUUUUGGUUAACAUGUGGGCAAUUGGUCGAGACCCCAUGAUUUGGAAUGAUUCAUUGAGCUUCAAACCUGAGCGGUUUCUUGACUCAAGUUUGGAUUCUAAGGGAAAUAAUUUUGAAUAUAUACCUUUUAGUGCAGGAAGGAGAAUUUGCCCUGGACAAUCUUUGGCAACUAUGCAAGUUCCAUUUAUUUUGGCAUCAUUGGUUCACUCAUUUGACUGGUUUCUUCCAGGUAAUAUGAAUUCAACCGAGCUAGACAUGAAUGAGAAGUUCACCAUAACAUUGCGGAAGAAGCAACCCCUACAACUUAUUCCUAGAGGAAGAAAAUAGUUGUGUAUCAUUUCUUGUUUCUUAUUAUUAGUUAUUAAGAUAGUAGUUUGUGCAAGUAGUGUUUCUUGUGAAAUUGCGUCUUCAAAGCACAAUUUCAACUAGAGUG